UCCGCUGCAUACAGCGCUUUCCUGGUGUUAAAGAUACAUCUUGGGCUCGUUGUCCUACAUUUACGUGCGCGUCUGACCAUUUUUACGCGUUCAGCUUGAUAUUAAAAUGUGGCGUUAGUUUUUAAAUACUGGUUUUAGGGCGUUUAGGGUGGAAAAGUUUUUACAACAAAGACAUCCGAGUACUGGAACUGGGCAAACAUCAGUCAAGGAUAUAAAGGAUACAAAACGCCUUGAGAUGAAAGUGAAUGUGGUGUUGAUAGCUGUUCUGCUGGGGUUCUCCUCCUUCUGUUCAGCUCAACUAGAUGGUAAUGAUUGCACGAAAGCUUCAGCUCAAUCCUGUGGUGAAUGCAUUCAGGUUGGAGAAAAGUGUGGGUGGUGCACCUAUGAAGCCUUUCUAAAGCAAGGAGAAUCCAAAUCAACACGCUGUGAUGAAAUUGACGCUCUGGUUAAGAAGGGCUGUCCUAUGAUCAAUGUGGAAAAUCCUCGAGGUGUAGUGAUUGUCAAUGAAAACAAAACUGUCACAAACCGUAAAAAAGAUGUGGCUGAGAAACUGAAACCAGACCAGAUCACUCAGAUUCAACCUCAGAAGCUCACACUAAACCUCAGAGCAGGUGAGCCUCAAAAAUUUUCCCUGAGGUUUAAAAGGGCAGAGGAUUAUCCCAUUGACCUGUACUAUCUGAUGGACUUGAGUUACUCCAUGAAAGAUGAUUUGGAGAACGUAAAAAAUUUGGGAACUGACCUGAUGCGUGAGAUGCAGACAGUCACGUCUGACUUCAGGAUUGGUUUUGGUUCAUUUGUGGAAAAGACUGUGAUGCCAUAUAUCAGUACAACUCCUGCAAAGCUGCUGAAUCCAUGCACUACUGAUCAGAACUGCACAAGCCCCUUCAGCUAUAAAAAUGUACUGAGUCUGACUGAGAAUGGCCAGCAGUUUAACAGCCUUGUCAGUCGGCAACAGAUUUCUGGAAACCUCGACUCACCUGAGGGAGGCUUUGACGCCAUCAUGCAAGUUGCAGUCUGUGGGGAACAGAUUGGUUGGAGAAAUGUCACUCGGCUACUAGUCUUUUCUACUGAUGCUGGUUUUCACUUCGCCGGAGACGGUAAACUGGGUGGCAUUGUGCUUCCCAAUGAUGGAAAAUGCCACCUGAAGGAUAAUAUAUACACAAUGAGUCAUUACUAUGACUACCCUUCAAUCGCACACCUUGUACAGAAACUGAGUGACAACAACAUUCAGACAAUCUUUGCUGUAACUGAGGAGUUCCAGCCUGUCUAUAAGGAGCUUAAAAAUCUCAUUCCAAAGUCUGCCGUUGGAACAUUGUCUGCAAACUCCAGUAACGUGAUCAAACUUAUCAUUGAUGCCUACAACUCUCUUUCUUCUGAGGUGAUCCUGGAGAACAGCAAGCUACCUGAGGGAGUGUCCAUCUCAUACGUGUCCCACUGCAAGAAUGGAGUUAGUGAAACAGGAGACAAUGGAAGAAAGUGCUCAAACAUCUCUAUCGGCGAUGAGGUGACCUUUGACAUAGCCAUCACCACUAAGGGCUGCCCAUCACCUGGUAAACAAGAGGUAAUAAAGAUCAAGCCUCUAGGAUUCAACGAGGAGGUCGUGAUCGUUCUAAACUUCAUCUGUGAGUGUGAAUGUUCCAAAGGAGGGAUCCCCAAAAGUCCAGACUGUCACUUUGGCAAUGGAACUCUCGAGUGUGGAGCAUGCAGAUGCAACGAGGGGCGAAUUGGAAGGGUUUGUGAAUGUAGCAAAGAUGAUGUCAGGGCAGAGGACCUUGAUGCAAACUGCCGCAUGGACAAUGGGACAGAUAUCUGUAGCAACAACGGGGACUGUAUCUGUGGAACAUGUGAAUGCAAGAAGCGAGAUAACCCAGAGGAGCGCUAUGAAGGGAAGUUCUGUGAAUGUGACAACUUUAACUGUGACCGAUCCAACAACAAGCUAUGCGGAGGUCAUGGUCAGUGUGUCUGCAGAGUGUGUGUAUGUGAUGCAAACUACACAGGCAGUGCAUGUGACUGCCCACUGGACAAGCAGCCCUGUGUGGCCAGUAAUGGGCAGCUCUGUAACGGUCGUGGCACCUGUUCCUGUGGAGUGUGUAAAUGCACCGACCCAAAGUUCCAGGGUAAAACCUGUGAGAUUUGCCCCACUUGCCCUGGAGUCUGCACAGAACACAAAUCUUGUGUUCAGUGCCGUGCAUUUAAUACUGGAGAGUUGAAAGAUAAAUGUGAAGAGAAAUGCAGUUACUUUAAACUAAACAAGGUGAAGGAAAAGGAUGAUCUUCCUCAGCCAAGCAGCCAGCCCUUCCUCACUCACUGCAAAGAGCGUGAUGCGAAUGACUGCUGGUUCUUCUUCACUUAUUCCAGCAAGAAUGACAGUGGUGAAGUCUAUGUUGUGGAGAGGCUGGAAUGCCCUACCGGUCCUGACAUUAUCCCAAUCGUAGCGGGUUUGGUUGCUGGCAUCGUUCUUAUUGGUCUGGCCCUGCUUUUCAUCUGGAAGCUGCUCAUGAUUAUUCAUGACCGCAGAGAGUUUGCAAAGUUUGAGAAGGAGAAGAUGAAUGCCAAGUGGGAUGCGGGUGAGAAUCCCAUCUACAAGAGUGCAGUGACUACAGUGGUCAAUCCCAAGUAUGAGGGAAAGUGAGAGACAAAAUGGUCUAUCCCAAACACUGUAUGCAAAUAAAUUCAGGAGCAAAGGAGUCAUUGUUUUCCGUUGACCUGUACAUUUUUUUUUUUUUUUUUUUUUUUUUAAACACAUUUUGUUAGCUGUGCAUUCUCCGCAACUUGCAUUAUAAUCUACUUAUUUUGUAUUUUACAUAUUGUGUACCGAAUGCAUUGUUUUGUGAUUUUUCUUUUCUUUUUUUUAUUUUUAUUUUUUUUAUUUGUGUGGUUUUUUUUCUAUGAAUUUUUCUAAUUAAUUUCUAAUUUUAAUUCUUUUUGUAUGUGGUCACAGGACUGGAUUUGGGCUUUAACAAGCAAGUUCUGUCUUCUGCAUAGAGUAAAUUUAUGCCAUUUUAGUUUUUUACAAUUCUUAUCCCAGACGCUGAAAAUGCACAUUUUGUUCCCUGAACACUCCAUAACUAAUAUGAUAUAAAUGUAUGUGGUAAAACCAGGAAAGUUUCACAUUUCAGUUGUAUUCAUAUAUCCGUACUGAGAUACUGCUGAUGGAUAUCAAACCAAGUCACAUAAAUAGUGUCAAAAACUUUUGUCUUAUUCGUGAAAACACCAUUUUAAUGAGCCCUGUAAGCUUGAUUAUAUGAUGAUUUGAAUAAUCACAUGUAUUUCACUGAUUUUAAAAAAUAAAUCCCAGCCACUGGUGUAGCAUGUAGCUGGCCACUGGUUUGGAUGUGUGUGGUGCUGUAUUCCUAAUUCAGUCAUUGUGGAUCCCAAUUAGGUUUUUUAUUUUUUAAAACACUUUUCACUAUAUUCAACUGUUUUCCUUAGAUUCAGCUGUGCUAGCGGCUGAAAUACAAGAAAAAGUGCACUGGAGAAGGCUUAGCAUAAAACACAGCUGUGUUUUAUGUAUCCUGCAUGUAGCCCUGUGUAUUUUUGGAGACUGUGGUGUUUCAGGAAAGUUAGGACUGCCUACUUUCUGUGGUUAUACUUUGAGAUGCACUCAAUGCGUUUGUAUAUUCAUGUUUUCAUUUUGCAUUUCCAAUCAUUCUGAACUUCUAUUCAGAUAAGUGUGUUAUUGUUUUAUGGUUCAAAUAAGAAAAUAUCCUGUAUCUUUUCAACACUGUAUAAUCAAGUGACAUGGAAUUGCAUUAUGAACUGAUACGAUUUCAGUGCCACUAUUGCAUAGUGGACUGGAUCCCAAACUGUUUGACUACGAAACAUUGACCUGAAUGUGGGUGCACCUCAGGGACAUGAACAACAGUAGGGUUAAUUUGAAUGUAUUCAGAAAGAUGUUUAGCACUCAAACAACAUAAUGUAUACUUUGUGUAUAAUAACUUAAGUCUUCAAAACUUUGAUGCUCAGGUUUCACAUUUCUCUUGAUCCUGACAACCAAAUACUGAUUGUAUUUUUGCUGAAGCUAGAGGAGCAUAAGUUUCAUGAUGCCAUAUUUGUUACCAGAAGUGGAGUUGGAGAACUUGCUUACUUUGUGUUGAACUAUAUUUUAUUCACUGCUGUCUUGAUAACCAUUCUCCUCAUGCCUAUGCGUGCAGUACGAGGCGCAAUCAGAUCUUAUGCAAUAAUUGCCAUUUUUUUAAGUUCAUGAAUAUUUUUACUGUCUUUAUAUUUUUGAAUAUUAAAACCACAUGCUCCCAGACUGCAUUUUAAAAUUACUUUUAAUUUCUGCAUUAUGUUCACGCUUAUGAUCAUUUGUUUCAGUAGUUAUUUAUUAAAAUAAACAACCAAAAACACUCA